AUGCAAAUGGUCAAGGAUGUUCUAGCCAACAGUGAUAAAGUUUCAGAGGUCCUACAAGAGUCUACUCAUCAGUUCAACCUGCUUACUUCACCCACCUUCCUACCAAAGGUCAAGGAUCAAGGGAAAUUCACUCUCCCUUGCACACUUGGGCAUCUUGAGAUUGACAAUGCCUUAGUGGAUUCUGGAGCAAGCAUCAAUCUGAUCUCUCUCUCCAUGGCAGAGAAGCUAGGCAUAGCUGGAGCCUUGCAGCGCCCUACUACUUCAAUCAUCUUUGGAGAUGCAACUACUAAGUCUCCUCUUGGAGUGUUCAAGAACUAUCACUUGAAAAUUGGAGAAUGCAUCAUCCAAACUGAUCUCACUGUGAUGGAAAUGGAAGAAGAGAAGGAUUUGCCUUUUAUUGGGAACCCCUUUCCUUAUACCAAUCUCAGUUCUAAGAGUCAUGGAGCUACAAAGGUUGUGAAGGAAAGGGUUGACAAGGAACCAAGAGUUGGGAAGGAUAAGGAUGAGAGAGGACCAAGGAUUGAGAAGCCACGUCUUGAGAGGGCUAGAGUUGAGAAACCACGAUCUGAUAGGCCAAGAGCUGAGCGACUUGUUCAAGCCCCUUGUGUGCUUGAUGAAGAGAGCCUUCAAGCUUUGUUUGAUGAGCCACUAGGAAGGGCUCUACAAGAAGGGGAGGAUGCAGCCUCUAAGGCAAGACCAGGAGAUAAAAGAAAGGAUCCACCAGCUCAGGCCCCUUCAGUCAAGCCAUCUCAGCUCACAAUGACUUUGUUCCCCACCAAGUUUGAAAAUGGGAAGAUUGAGUACAAGAUAAGGUACAAGGGGAGAUCAAGGCCAUUCUCUAGAGCCAAGGCCAUAGUGACUUCAGAACAGUCCAGGGACCCAACCAAGCUAAAGGAGCUUCUGUCUCAAGUCCUCACUAUCACCCUUGAUGGUGGGACUAGCUCAACCAAUGCCUAA